AUGAUUCUUCAUUUCCUCACAGCUGGCUUCGUCAUAGACAGUCUUACAUGUGAGAAGGAGCGCCGGAGUAAGGCCUUCGUGUCUAAAAGGAAGGCUGAGGAAGCUAGUGUACAUGCCGUCGGUGGAUUGUGUUUGAUGGCAUCUCCGUCUUGCUGUGAGAUACAGACGUCACUUAUUUCUUCACACGUUCUGUGCGGUCACAAUGGAUAUAAAGGUCCGAUAGAUGUGAGAUAUACUGUUGAGAAUGAUGAAUGA